AUGCCAUACCUUAUUGGCACAAAGUUUGGAUUCGUUGUGAUGGGAUCCGCCCCUGUUGCAGAUGUAAGUUCCUCCGCUCCGUGCACAUAUUCUUCUUUUCUCUCUACCAGUGAUAAUGAUCUCCAUUCCUCUAUCCAAAAAUUUUGGACCCAAGAAGAGAUCCCACAGUGCAGUAGUAAAACUUUAGAGGAGCAACAGUGUGACAAACAUUUCUCUGAAACCCACACACGCAACCAAAACGGCCAGUAUGUGGUUAGAUUGCCAUUCAAGGUUAAUCAUCCUCCCUUGGGAACCUCUUACCUCCCUGCGCAACGACGCUUGUAUUCUUUAGAGCGUAAGUUUGCCGCUCAAAGCUCAUUCCGUGACAUGUACGUUGCGUUUAUGGAUGAAUAUCUCUCUCUCGGUCACAUGACCAAUAUUGAGACUGUCGAUUUAACCUCCCCUCACUAUUAUCUUCCCCACCACGGAGUUUUGAAAGAAAAUAGUAGCUCUACGAAACUUCGUACUGUGUUCGAUGCUAGUAGCAAGACCAGUUCUGGACUGUCGCUAAAUGACAUCUUACUCACAGGUCCUAAGCUCCAGACGAACAUUUGUGACAUUGUGCUCCAUUUCAGGUCCUAUAACAUUGUUUUCUCUUGUGACAUUCGUCAAAUGUAUCGUCAAAUAUUAGUACAUCCAGACGAUCAGAAAUACCAGCUUAUCUUAUGGCGUAAUAACUCUUCCCAGGACCUCUCCACCUACCAGCUGGCUACAGUCACAUAUGGGGUCAACAGCAGCCCCUAUCUCGCUAUUAGAACGCUUCAUCAGCUAGCUAAAGACGAGGGUGAGGCGUUUCCUGCUGCUGCUCAAGUUUUAACUUCCCAUACGUAUGUUGAUGAUAUAAUCGCAGGUGCUGACACGGUCGAAGAUGCUCUAGAACUUCAAAGCCAGAUAAUUAGCCUUCUGUCCCGUGGUGGAUUUGAACUCCGGAAGUGGUCAUCCAACGCCAAGGAACUCCUUCAAGCUCUGCCCCAAGAACAUCUUGAAUUACCUGUAUUUCUGGAACAUGCUAAAGAACCUCUAUUUUCAAUAUUAGGACUGCAUUGGUCACCAGUUUCUGAUUGUUUCACCUUCAAUAUAAAUUUAUCUGAUGCAGCUAAUGAGACACCCACCAAACGUCGUGUGCUCAGCUUGGUUGCUAAAAUCUACGACCCGUGUGGCUUUCUAGCUCCGUGUACAAUGCAAGCAAAAUGCUUUAUACAGCUGCUCUGGACCACAGGAUUAGGCUGGGACGAAGAGCUCUCAAGUGACUUAACUUCAAUAUGGCAAAACUUUGUAACUAAUACUCAAUCUCUCUCCAAUAUUCAGAUCCCCAGAGCAUUCCAGUUUUCAGUUUCAAGCGCUAUUGAACUUCACGGCUUCUCAGAUGCCUCAGAAAGCGGUUAUGCCGCAGUUCUCUAUUUCAGAUGCAAACUCUCAUCCGGUGAUGUCACUGUACGUCAAAUAUUGGCGAAAACUCGUGUAUCUCCUCUAAAACGAGUCACUCUACCUCGUCUCGAGCUAUGUGCUGCUCAUCUCCUUGCUCAACUAGCAUCAUACUGCCUCUCUAUGUUUACGAAUAAAGUAACAUUCUCUCGUACUGUUCUAUGGUGUGACUCUUCCAUCACUCUAACAUGGCUUCAAACACCACCAUACAGACUGAAAACUUAUGUGGCGAACAGAGUAGCUCAGACUCAAGAACUUUUCCCCUCACAUUGUUGGCGUUACAUACCCAGUCAGGAUAACCCCGCAGAUUGCGCCUCUCGGGGAAUAACUGCCACUCAUCUCCAAAAUCACCCCUUGUGGUGGACCGGGCCAUCUUGGCUCUCUCAACCUUGCGAAGACUGGCCUAAUAGACAAUUUACACCUGUAAAUUUAGAUAGCUCAGAAGAAACAAAAGUGGCUGAACUUUUUGUCUUCACUUCGAACUCCAACCCUGAAUGGGAACUUUUGACAAGAUUUUCCUCGUGGACUAAACUCGUACGCAUUACAGCUUACAACCUUUCUCUUCAUUUACAACGCGAGAAGAUCGAACAAGCUGCGAAGUUCUCUCACUACAAAUGA